AUGUCUGACGGCAAGCGGGCGGUCGAUUCCGACAAAGUCUGGACUUGCCUCAUCACCAACAAUGACUACCUCCCGGGGCUCCUGACGCUCGACUACUCGCUCAAGAGCGUCGGCUCGGCAUACCCGCUGGUGGUGCUCUACACGGACGGGUUCCCGGCGUCGGGCAUAGCGGCGCUCGACGCCCGCGGCAUCCCCCGCCAGCGCAUCAAGUACCUGAUGCCGGCGGCGGGCGGCAAGGACUACUCCAACGACCCCCGCUUCUAUGACUGCUGGAGCAAGCUCGUGCCCUUCUCGCUGACCCAAUACAAGCGCAUCGUCCAGCUUGACACCGACAUGCUAGUCCUGCGCAACAUGGACGAGCUCAUGGACCUCGAGCUCGACAACCCCGAGGAAGCCGCCGCCGAGACGGUCCUCCCCGGCGCCAACGGCACAUCUCCGGAAGCACCAUUAGCGGCACCAGCAAAAACCCGCCGCGUCUUCGCCGCCGGCCACGCCUGCGUGUGCAACCCACUGGGCAAGGCGCACUACCCGCGGGACUGGACGCCGGCUAACUGCGCGUUCACGUCGCAGCACGCGGACCCGGAAGCGGCUCAAACAACUGCUCCGGCCCCCGGGACGGCGGCGGCGGGCCCCCUAGGGUUCAUGAACGGCGGGCUGCAGGUGGUCAACCCAAGCGCGGCGCUGUUCGCGCAGAUCGUGGCCCACAUGGACGCCGACGCGGCGCGCAUGGACUUUGCCGACCAGAGCCUGCUGUCGGGCCUGUACGCGGGCCGCUGGGUCGCGCUGCCCUACGUCUACAACGCCCUCAAGACGCUGCGUUGGCACGGCGUGCACGCGCCCCUGUGGCGCGACGACCGCGUGAAGAACGUCCACUACAUCCUCGCGCCCAAGCCGUGGGAUAAGGAAGACGAGAGUGCGGCCGCCGGGGGGAGAGACGACCCGGCCCGCGGCUGGUGGCUCGAGACCAACGCGCGCAGGAAGCGCAGCGAGAAGCUGCAGGGCUUGAACGACGACGGGUGGUGA